GACAUUCUCUUCCCUCCCUUGCGCUCUCUCGCUCUCUCUCUCUCUCUCUCUCUCUCUCUCUCUCUCUCUCUCUCUCUCUCUCUCUCUCUCUCUCUCUCUCCCUACAACCACCAUCCCCCCCACCCCCCCGCCUGGCUUAAACAACAGCCCUAACUUUUGUGUGUUGCAAAUAUAAAAGGAAAGCCAUGUGACAGAGGGACAGAAGAACAAAAGCAUUUGGAAGUAACAGGACCUCUUUCUAGCUCUCAGAAAAGUCUGAGAAGAAACGAGCUCCGCAUUUGCCCCAAGCUGUGCAGGCGUUGUCGUGAAGGAUUACAAGCAGCAAACCUUUUUGCCUCCUCCUGGUGCCAAAGAACGAGGCAUCCAAAGGACAAUGACAGCCCAGUGGCCUCAGCCAGAUUUUGCAUUUUGCCUGAAAAGAACUAGGUCCUAAGAUUCAAAGGCUUUUUUUUUUCUUUUAAUACUCUACCUCCCUCUGCUGUUAUUACCAGGAAUUUUUUUUCUUACAACAAUGAGAAAUCAUGUACUAGCAGCGUCAAUUUCAAUGCUCUCCCUGCUGGCAAUGAUGGGAGAUACAGACAGCAAAAUGGACAGCGCCUUCCUGAUGGACUCAGACCCUGGGCGCUGCAUGAGGCAUCACUAUGUGGAUUCUAUCAGUCACCCUUUGUACAAAUGCAGCUCAAAGAUGGUGCUGUUGGCUAGGUGCGAGGGGCAUUGCAGUCAGCCCUCCCGUUCUGAGCCUCUCGUCUCCUUCAGCACAGUCCUGAAGCAACCCUUCCGCUCUACCUGCCACUGCUGCCGGCCCCAGACCUCCAAACUGAAGGCUCUGCGGCUUCGCUGCUCUGGGGGAAUGAGGCUCACAGCCACCUACCGGUACAUCCUCUCCUGCCACUGUGAAGAGUGCAGUUCCUAAGACUUGCCCACUGCAGGCACGAUGUAGGACUGGCUGGCAUCGUGCAUGUAGCUGUGGAGUUCUUGAGCCCUAGAAGAUAACUGGCGCCAUAACCCAACAGGACAAUUUCUCCCAGUUGAGGCAUUGGGAGUAGAAAGUAAAUGGCUAGAGGCAGACAAGAAGCAACACUUACUUUCUGACCUGUCCUAUCGGGUUUUACUAACAGACGUUACAUGUUUGUUCAUAAAGAGGAAAACACUGGGGAUUGGUUUGGGCAUCUUCCUUGUUUCCUCCUCUUUUCCCUACUCUACCUCCCCUUGGACCAAGUUCUUUCAGUAGUUCUAAAAAGUCAUCUUUUCUCCACUUGGCUCUGAAUGCUCUUUGUGUUUUCUACCCCUGAGUGCCAGUGGGGGAAAGAAGGCAAACCAUGAGCUGCCAUGCAUCGGAAGACGCCGUGGAGGAAAUGGUAGUGGCCAGAAGGAGACCCAAGCCUUGUCCGUGGAGUCUCCUCAUGUUGUUUUCAUCUCCAUGUUCCAUUGAUCUUGAUUCCGAUUACUGCUGCUGCUGCUGCUGCUGCUGCUGCUAAAAGUUGUCACUUGUCUAUUGCAAACACGGAGUAUGUGGACAUGCUUGACCAAGUUUAGCUGGCAUUAAAAAUAACUAACAAGAAAA